GUGAGGGAGGUGUGUAACAAUUUCCUGUAGUUGCAUGCUGAUCUGCGUCUUUGAACCUUCCUCUUCGAGUCUGUUUCUGUCAGAGUGAAGAGCACAGACGAAGCGGAGCGGAACAGGAUGCAGGCUAUCAAAUGUGUGGUCGUGGGAGAUGGAGCUGUGGGAAAAACAUGUCUUCUCAUCAGCUACACAACAAAUGCCUUCCCCGGGGAAUACAUUCCUACUGUAUUUGACAACUACUCAGCUAAUGUGAUGGUGGACAGCAAGCCAGUCAAUCUGGGCCUCUGGGAUACAGCUGGACAGGAAGACUACGACAGGCUCCGCCCACUGUCCUACCCACAGACGGAUGUUUUCCUGAUCUGUUUCUCCUUGGUGAGCCCAGCGUCGUAUGAGAACGUUAGAGCUAAGUGGUACCCCGAGGUUCGCCACCAUUGCCCCUCCACACCCAUCAUCUUGGUGGGCACCAAGCUGGAUCUGAGGGAUGAGAAGGAAACCAUUGAGAAGCUGAAGGAAAAGAAGCUGGCACCAAUCACCUACCCUCAGGGCCUGGCUCUGGCUAAGGAGAUAGAUGCAGUGAAGUACCUGGAGUGCUCAGCUUUGACCCAGCGUGGCCUGAAGACUGUGUUUGAUGAGGCCAUCCGGGCCGUGCUCUGCCCUCAGCCCACCAAGGUCAAGAAGAAGCCAUGCUCACUGCUGUAAAUGGUUCUUGUAGGACGAGAAAGAAGAGAGAAAGAGAUUCAGACUGCUGACCCCGGGGUUAAAAGAAGACGAUUUGAAAGUUCUGUUAUGUUUCUAAUAUGAAACUACAACUAGAUUCCACUAGUUAAAAAAAAAUAAUGCUUUUGCAGUUAUAAGAAAACGGUAGCAAACCUUUCUGUACAGCACACUCUGAGACUGAUUUUUUAAAGUGCAUUAUAGACGCUAUUACUAAAUGUGCAUGCAACAGACUGCCCCUGUUCACACACUGUAUAUUCACCCUGUUAGCUUACAUGUAAGACCAGGAGCAGCCUGCUAGAUUUAUCCAAUGUGCCAAAGUUCCUGCACACCAGACUACAUAUCACUGCCCCUUUGGGGCCAGCAAUAUAUACAGGUGUCUUGUGCAGCUUCAAAUAAUGAUAUUUGUCCUUGAGUGCAAACUCAACUUUCAGAAUGUUUUACAACUGCUGUUUUAAGAGUGACGAACAAUGAUAAAACGUAAGGAUCAGGAAUGUAGUUUUUCUAUGAGCAGGGAGCUGAACAAUGUUGUGUAUUAGAAAACGUAUGUAUUUGUUGAUAUUAAAAUUAAAGACAUUUCAUCAAGUAAAA